AUGGCUCAACGUCAGUUGUCCCGUACUCUUCCCAAGAAUUUCACCUUUUCCCUCGACAAUGAGCCCAAGACCCCCGAGCGACCCAACACCACCAUCAGUGUACCGCCUCCUCCCCGUCACUCUAUCCACAGCUGCCGUCUGCCCCGAACUCGGGCGCGCGCUGGUACAAAUGUUUGCGCUCGCGUGGAUAUGGAUAUCUUCCAGUUCCAAGGCUCCGAUGUUCCGCUGCCUUCAAUUGAAGUCCCGCAGCUGAACAGCGACUUCGACUUCGACGCGCCUUACCUUGGCGACACAGCCAACGAUGAAGGCUUCCUGGCGCCUCCUCGCUCACGUAUGGAAUUCAAGACACCGCCCGCGCAGAUCCGUGGCACUCCUCUGGACGUUUGCGACAACGAAAGCGAAUGGCCAUCUUGGGAGCAGACACCCGGCCCUCACACCAUCAAGCGCCCGGACUCGGUCUGCUCGAGUAUGUCAAACUCUUCUGUCGAAUCUAUCGAAACCUUUGCUUCGCGACCUUCAAUUGGCAGCUGCACCAGUGUUGAAAGCGAUCUGUUUGACUCGUACUUCCCUUUGGAGAUUCCCAAGGAAUCCGAAAUCGAGUCGCCUUCGCGACCCCAGAAGAAGCACUCCAUUGUGAAGAAGGCUCAGAACUCUUGGACCCGUGAGAUGGAUAACCACUUGUGGAAUACCUACCAAAUCUACCUUCAGGAUCCUACCAUGACCCCAUUCAAGAUGACACCGGGAAGCAUUCCUCCUUUGGGAGUCACAUCGCGUGUUGCGCGCCGGGCCAAGAAGACCUGGGAGAAGAAGCGCAAUCGCAUCAAUCAGUCUGUGUCGAUGGCUUCCGCCGAUACCUUCGGAGCUUCCACCCCCAAGGGACCAGUGUGGCCUAAAUCCGACUCUAAGACGCGACGACGUCUAAAGCUUCUUUGUCGCCGCAAAUUCUCUAUUUCUCCUCACUACCAGCGUAUUAUGCAGUCUCGUACCCCCGAGCCUGCGACGGAGAUUACGGAGAUAUACGGGCCUCCCGCGGAUACCCGGGUGCAUGACUUCGCCGAUAACUCGGCCUAUGCGACUCGCGAUCUUGGCGUUUCACUUGUCAGCUCCCACCCGAACCCACUUGCCCAGGUCACACAAGACUUCUCGUCGGAUGCAGACUGGUUCAACAACCCAGUGCCUGCCAAUGUUCCGCCACCUGUGGCGAAGACCCCCGUUCAUCAUCUUCGCGUCGAAUCAGCUCCCAGUAUUCCGCGUUUGGGAUCACCCUUCGUCUACAAUACCUGGGCCCCUGGGGGAGGAAACCGUCAAACACAAGGGAUCAACAAUCGACGCGAAACCUUCCAUGGCCCCGGACUGCGUGCUCGACGUAACACGUACUUGGAUCAGUCUGUGCAAAACCCCGAUGAUGUCUUCGCUAGAACACCGCAAAAGAACAUCAAUCCAUCGGAGGAAGAAGUCGACCAACGUCUUGAGAACUAUGUCCGUGACAACAAGUUCCAAAACAUGGGACACGGUCGUGUUCGGAUCCGCAACCGUGGAGCUACCACCAGCGCUGUCAAUCCACGCGACAUGGAUCAGCUGUUCUCUCCGCCCUCUUCACUCAACUCGGGUCCCAUCGAACCCGAAGAGACUCCCAUCGGCAAGCCGAAUAACCCACUGCUAGACCUUGGCGAAAACAUCAAACGCCUUGGCUCGCCUUUCCGAAUUGAAGGGGGAUUCAAGCGCCGUGAACCUCCAUCCCGACCUUCACGCGCCGUCCCUGCACUGGCCGAUCCGUUCUCCAGCGGCGGCCCAUCGUUCGCUGUGUCCCACGGCGGCACCUCCCCCAUGCAGGUCUCUCCGACUCAGGUACACGAGAAAGCACCGCCUCUUCCCUACAACUCUCAUGAGGAUGGUAUCUCGGACGCCGAGCGGAUUCGCCGGCAAAUAUUGAAUAUGCCUUUCACGCGCAACUAG